AUGUCAAGAGUGGCACUCAACGUGGAUAGUUAUGAAGGGAAUGACACCCUAUCCGUUGAAAUUGCUCGUUUUGUGGUUUUAUACGGUAAAGCGUCCACUCGAAAACAUAAAAUAUGGGAAGGAGAUGGAGUUCUGGUUUGUUAUGGAGAUUGUGCUGUGUUGAAGUCAGAGGAUGAGAAAGAUAUCAUUUGCAGAUCCUCUGCUGUCAAAAACCUCGAUCAACUCGACGAGGAUCGUAUCAUUAAUAUCGGCUCAUGGAGUGUUCAGAUUCAGAAGAGAAUUCCCACGACGUCUUCUGAAUCCAUGAAGACGUCAUCUGGGAUUCAGAAUCCUCCUCCUUCUGCUUUGAGACAUCUCAAUACGAGAGAUCCGAUGAGAAUUCCAGAGACGGUGACGAUGAAGAGAGCGAAUAAUGGGAUGAGUGAGGAGAACCACCUCGCACCCCGUCCCCCACCGAAAAAACGUCCAUCAUUCGUGCCUCCACUCAUCGGUUCAACGACUUCUUCCGAUGGGACGACGACUAUUUCAAUCGAAGAGAAAACGCCUCCAUUCGUGUUGAACGAAGAGGAUAUUCUCCAGAGGAAAACGACUUCAGCCAUCUGCGUCGAUUCGAGAUUCUCACGUCAUCUGAGAGACCAUCAGAAGGAUGGAAUCAAGUUUCUGUUUCAGAGAUUGAAGGGCGAGACGGGCGGCGCGAUAUUGGCUGACGAUAUGGGAUUGGGAAAGAGUAUACAGACGAUGGCUGCCACGUGGGCAUUAUUGAGAGGAUCCCGUCCCCCCGCCUCCCAAAUCGCCUCCUCAUGUCUCAUCGUCGUUCCCUCAUCACUCGUCAACAAUUGGAAAGCGGAAUUCGACAAAUGGUAUCGAAUGAUGAGAUUUCCCGCAGUGAUCGCCUUGACCGCCCGUGAUAUCUCAACGUAUCAGUCGACUGUGAAAUCGAUGCCAUAUCUGAUAAUAAGUUAUGAUAUGGCUCAACGGCAUGCAGAGAAACUGGAAAUGUGUCGAUUCGAUGUACAAACAGAUGUACGUCAGCGACUUGGCCAUCUGGAGCCUCCUGGAGCAUUCAGAGCUCCAAAUCUGGCUCCGAAACCUGAAAAAGACCCCCAGAACCCCUAA